AUUAUGUUUUCUUGUGUAUCAUUAAAUUCUAAGGACAGCUUAGAAGAGUUUCUCUAAUUGUAUCAGUGCAAAGAUUCUAAGAAAAAAAUCAUAUUGAAAAAAGAACGAGAAAUAGUACGAUAUUUAAAAGGCUUAGGACUUCAAAUGAAAACAGACCCACUUUUAAAACUUUCACGUAUUGCUAAGUAAACAAUCUAUACAAAAUUAGUUUUGCAAUAUAAAAUGAUAUAUCACCUGACUCAAAUGAUGAAAUAAUCCUUGAAAAAAAAUAAAUACAUAACGAUGAAAGUGAAUUCAACAUUUCUAACAACCCUUUAAUCAAAAGAGGAAGCAGAAGAAUCAUACGCACUUUUUCUUUUGAAGAUAAAAAUCAAAUUCUAAAUGAUUAAGAUGAUAAAGAUGAUCCUCUUCAUUUUGACUGA